GGCGGCCUUGUUCAACUCAAAACACUGUCCGUAACAACGUCCAAGUUACCAUUGUUUGAAAACGUCGGAUUGUUAUUCUGUCUAACAUUCUGUCAUAUCGGGUGCUAGCGAAAGCAGUUCAAAAAUGUUACCAAUCGCUGGAAAUAUUCAAUCGGCUCGUAAGAAUUGCCUUUCCGUAAAUUAUCCCUUCCGGAAGGAUGAAGACGAGGAAGACGAUUCUCCGCUGCCACCCUCGGAAUACGACGAAAAGUUUGCCGGUCCUGAAUCCGACAAAAAGCCUCCCUCCCGCAGGGAGCUUCUCCGGGAGGAGUUCCGCAAGAAGGCCACCCAGCUGGUCAUCAAGCAGGCCCGGGAACGGUACGAGGUGAUCCGUCGGCAGGAGGAGGAACGGGCCCCGCUGCGAAAGCGUCCCGACUAUUACAUGGCCAAGGACACCGGCAGCGAGCCGCAGUACAAUCUGUACAAGACCGACGACAUGAUGACGUUCUGGAGCUUCGGGGCGAGAAGUAAUUCCUCGAGAAAGCGCAAUACUAACUUUACGAAGCCGAUCAGUGAGCAGUUGGAUCAGCAGUUUGGGUAG